UUUCUAUUUAAGAGGCGCUACUUACUUUACUUCUUGCACUUUGAUAAGCGCAAAGAUGAGUCGCCUACUAACGUGCGUGGCACUCUUCAUUCUGCUGGAGGCAUAUACUAUGGUUACACUGGCAGGUCACUCGAACUCAUGUCAGGAACACUGCAAAGAAACAUGCUGGACUAACUCAUUCCAGAAGCAAAAAGGAUUCGAGUGUUGUGGCGGAAGACCUUACAACAAGGCAAGCCAUGUGUGUUGUGAGGAUGGGCGCAUCAUCAGAGGGAAGCCCGGCAUGUCUUGCUGCGGGAAUCAUUUGUUUCACCCUGACCUUGAAAGCUGCUGUGAGGGUACAGUCAUCAAGGGCGUUGAAUUGAAGUGCUGCCGGGGUUCACCUUAUAAUAAGCUUAGCGCCAUCUGUUGUGAAGGUAAAAUACAUGAAAAUUAUAAUGAAAUGGAUUCUCAGUGUUGUGGCUCAAAGCCAUAUUACCCAAGAAUCCAGAAAUGCUGCAAUCAUGAAAUCCUUCCUCGAACCCCAGGCAUUCUGUGCUGUGGAAAAAAUCUCUAUAACCGAAGUUUACAAAUCUGUGCACCAAACAAAACCAUCAUACAUAUGCAUUCACCAUCAAGUCGUCUUUGUGGAGAACAUCUUUAUGACAGCAACAAAUUUGACUGUGUCAAUCUAGAAAUUGUUAACAAGACAGAUAAUCCCACAAGCAAUUCAAACAGUUUGAAAGAGGAAAGCCAGCUAAACUGCAGUGGCCAGUUAUAUAAAGCAAAUGGCGCAUUUAAUUGCUGCGGAGAGAUGAUAUAUGAGGCAGCGAAGCACCUCUGUGUGAAUAACACAAUAUAUUUAAGGGAGAGCUAUGACAAACUAGGGCCACAUAUCGUCAUGUGUGGAAGUAAUACAUAUUUCCAACCAAGUCACCAAACUUGCUGCAUAAAUUCCUCACAUUUUGGUCAUGUUCAAAAUGUAACAGGUGGACGCUGCUGUGCUGGUAAAGCAUAUGAUCCUGAUGAUACAUUUUGUUGUUCUGGAAGAAUGUAUACAAAAGAGAAUUGGCAGUACAUCGGUGAGGACAGCUUUCUUGAUGACGCGGGGAACUUUAUCUGCUGCAAUCAAAUAGAAUAUAAAAUCACAGCUGGUGAGAAAGCUUGCCAUGGCAGUAUCCCGUAUAAUCCAGAUAAUGAGAUAGUUUGUGAAGACAUCGUUCAUCAGCAAAAAGAUGGCAUUUGUUGUGGAAAGGUCCUUUAUAAUCCCUUAAACGAAAUCUGCUGUAAUGGACGAAGGUACCCAAAAUCUGAUGGAGGAUUGAAGCCAGUGUGCUGCGGAACAAAAUUAUACGAUUCAUCUGAUAACACCCUACGAUGUUGUGGGAUCCAGCUACAUAAAGUGAAGAAUGGAAUGAACGCACAUUGCUGUGGCAACCUCCUAAUUAACAACAGUCAGAAAUGCUGCACCUCUGAGAGCCAACAACGCCCUUUGACGGAGACGAAUAACUUAACAUGCUGCGGACAUCUCAUCUAUAACACCACUGAGGAAAAAUGCCAUGCUGGCCAGCUGUCUCAUCACAGAAGGCAAAACAACCACUCUACAUUUAACACAAAAGAAAGAUGCAGACUGGUCACACUAGACAACAUAUAUCUGUCAGAAGAACAUAAGCAAGGUGUUUUUGGAAAAGUUAUUUCUAUAGAAGCAAAAAAUGGAGAACGUCGGCUCAUCUUAGGUGACUAUGCCAAGUUAAAUGUGAGCAAAUGUCCUCAUCAGGUUUCCCUCACGUUCUUCCCUCAGACGACAGAAAAUGUCACAAUACGUGACAAAGAAUGCCCAUCUCUGACUGUGGGGAACACCUAUGUUUUCUGGUGUCCUGAUCCUGGGCGUAUUUGUGAAGAGAUUUCCCCGGUGAACUUCAAUGGAAACAUCUACAUCAGCAACUUUCUAAGAAUUGGCUCAGGGCAAUGUUAGAAUUAAUAUUGCUGUUUUUGUGGUUAACGACAGAGUUUUGCAUAAGGUAUUAUUCAAAAUGAAACUGUAAUGUAAGAGAUACAGCAUAUAAGCACUCUUCAUAGAAUAUUGCAUAAAGAAGCUUUCCUUUGAAAAACAUCAAUCACUCAGACAUAUUCUUCCUGUUCCUAAACAAGCAGCUAAAGCACAUAUUUACUGGCAGAUUAAAACUCUGAAGGAAGUAUAAAGGAUAUCCAAUUAAAAGUAUACACUAUAACUGGCCUAAGGUUUCAGUGUAAAGAUCAAAUAAUCAGAAUAAUUUAAUAGUUAUUGUCUUCAUAUUGGGAAUGAACAUUGCAAUAUUAGAAGUAGACUGUACUAAAGUUACAUUUUUAAUCUCAGAGCUUGAACGGUUUACAGAACAGUAAAGGUUGGAUCCAUUUACAUUCCAUUUCUUGCCUCUGGACUUUACAGGGGCUCUUUAGUUUUCUGAACUUGCACAUUUCAUGAUGACAUUGCUGGAAGAUGACAUCCUCCAGAAUUAAUCUUGCAAGACAUGACAGCUCACUUGUGGUUAAAACCACACGAGGCCAAUUUAAAAAUCACCAGCUAACUUAAACUGUAUGUUGAGUGGUGUUGUUUGAACCGUAUAUGGCUUGGGGAUAAACAAUCCAUUUCAGAAUUGUGCAGCUGUUGUUCAGUAGUUUUAAACGACUGUGACUUUAGACAUGUCAAAUAACAUGUAUACGUUAAAGCUGAGAGAGGAAGCCCCAGACAGAGAAAGAAAAAGAGUACAAACUCUCCAUGGACACAGAUUUGAAUCCCGGUAUCUGGAGCUAUGAAGUAACAGUGCCAACAGUGUACCAAAAAAGUAAAAUAAUAAAUAUAUAUACAUUUGAAUUGAUUUAACAAAAUCCUCUACACAAAAAUGCAUAAAAAAAUGAUAUUUUUCUUAUGUUACUUAGUCCAUGCAGGAGAGAGAAAGAAGUUUAUGAUAAUAGACUUUAAUAGCGACAAAUGUGGCACAACAGCAAACGAUGUGAAAAAUGUCAAUGGGGAAAAAGAAACAAAAAUCUCACGUUACUUGAGUUGCAUAACCCACAUGUCAUGUAUCCAGUUGUAUGCACUAAACAUUUAACCAAUGAAUUGCUGGGAAGAGGUGGGGGGGUCUUCAGUUCAAAAAGUCAUUAGAAAAUCAUUAGAACAAAUAUAAUGGGAACAGUUAAUUCAGCCCAACGAAACUCACCAAUUACAAUACAAUACAAUACCAUUUAUUUUUUGUUUAGCCCAAAAUCACACAAUAUCGCCCUGCCUC